AUGCUGAAUGCAUGUCUUCGGAAACCGCUGCUAGCAGCUCUACAGUACUUGGUAUAUUCACGUCUGAAAAAUCUGCGAGAGAACUGUAAGCGAGCUGUGAUACCAUGGUUGAUGAUUUUGCAACGAUCGCUGACUUGGCUACCGCCACCAGAAAGAGAAAAUAGUGAUGGCGUUAUCAAUUGUGACGCUGAUUCACUGGUGAUACAGAAAGGCCGCAAACUGAAGCAAUAUGUGCUGGAAGAGAAGCUCGAUAUUAUCGAUUAUGCGAAGGUGAUAGGAAAUCGGGCCGCUGGGCGAGAGUUCAAUGUUGCUGAAAGUUCAAUUCGGGAAUGGAGGAAAAAUGAGCAGAGGCUUAGGUCAAUGUUCGAGACAGCGCCGGAAAGAUCACGACUGGACGGUGGUGGAAGAAGACCUGUCUCUGAGGAACUCGAAAAAGGCCUAGUUAGCAGUUAA